AUGGCUGUGCUGUGCAGCGCUGCCCCGGGGCCCGGCGGGGAGCGGGGCCCAGAUCUUAUUGGUGAAAACAUUUAUUUGGUCUUAUUUACCAUAACUCUGCGAGUACUUAACUGCUUUUUAGUCCAGACAAGCUUUGUUCCAGAUGAAUACUGGCAGUCGCUUGAAGUUGCACAUCAUAUGGUUUUCAAUUAUGGCUUCUUGACUUGGGAAUGGGCAGAAGGUUUAAGGGGUUAUUCCUACCCACUAUUCUUUGCAACUAUCUACAGAGUUUUACAGCUAUUGGCAAAGGAUGAUGUGCAGCUGCUGAUUUGGAUCCCUAGACUUGUGCAAGCACUUCUAUCCGCUCUAGCAGAUGUGAAGCUUUACUCAUUUGUGAGACACCUAGAAAAUGCAGAAACAGCAAAGUGGGUGUAUCUUUGCCAGUUGUGCUCUUGGUUUACAUGGUAUUGCUGUACCAGAACUCUAACAAACACCAUGGAAACUGUUCUCACCAUCUUUGCUCUUUUCUACUAUCCACUGGAAGGCUCAAAGACGAGGAGAAGUUGCAAAUAUUUAACUUGGGUAGCACUUGCAUUUAUUAUUCGUCCAACUGCUAUAAUUCCAUGGAUACCUUUGGUACUUUGGCAUUUCUGGCAAGAACAGAAGAAGGUAGAUCUUGUUCUAUACGGCUAUAUUCCUGUAGGAUUGGUCACUCUAGUGCUUUCUUUAAUAAUUGACCGUGUAUUUUUUGGUGAGUGGAUAAUGGUUCAGCUGAACUUCUUGAAGUUUAAUGUGCUACAGAAUUUGGGAACAUUUUAUGGUUCUCAUCCUUGGCAUUGGUACUUGACUCAGGGAUUGCCCGUUAUUUUGAGCACCCAUCUACCUUUCUUGAUUCAUGGCUGCAUUCAGGCCCCAAAGAGGUAUCGGAUCUUUCUGGUGGUGGUGGUUUGGACAGUACUUGUAUAUAGCACAUUGAGCCACAAAGAAUUCAGGUUUAUAUAUCCAGUACUGCCAUUUUGCAUGAUGUUUUGUGGAUAUUCUCUUAAACAACUGAAAACAUGGAAGAAAUCAGCAAUAACCUUCCUGCUUGUAUCAAAUUUACUCCCAGCCCUAUACACUGGAUUGAUUCACCAACGUGGCACUCUUGAUGUAAUGAUUCACAUGCAGCAGCUCUGUAACUAUUCUAAUCAGUCACAGACUUCUGUCUUUAUAAUGAUGCCAUGCCACUCUACUCCUUUUUACAGCCAUGUUCACUGUUCUCUACCGAUGAGAUUCCUUCAAUGUCCUCCAGACCUAACUGGAAAUGUGAGUUAUCUUGAUGAAGCAGAUAUAUUUUACUCGAAUCCACUCAAGUGGCUUAAUGAGGAAUUUUACAAUGGUACAUUACCUUCUCAUUUGGUGGUCUUCAGUGUGCUAGAACAGGAAAUAUCAUCGUUUCUUGUUCUAAAUGGUUAUGAGAAAACUGCUACUAUCUUUCACACCCAUAUGCCUCAAGGACGAAUUGGAAGCCACAUCUAUGUGUACAAAAGAAGAGUGAAAUGAAGCAUGCCUUCAAGAUCAGUUUCUGAACUGGGACCAAAUGAAGUCAGUAUUGUAUGGUGGUGCCUUGGUUAAAUAGCCUUCUAGUACAGAACAGAGGGCAGUGACACAGGAAAGUAGGUAAGCAAGCAAGUCUGGCUCAAUUUAUAGCUAGUAGGCUAAGGAUUCUACUGGAUGUAACCUUUUUAGUUGAUACUUCAUUGGUGAAAAAGUGAUAUUUCAGUGGCAAUAUUCUCAGUCUUAUGUCUUGGUGUUAGGAAGCAGGAAAAACAGGGUUCAUCUGUCUUAGGAAAUGCAAUAGAGUAAAUCACUUAACAGCGAACACCAGCAACAACUACCACAUGACAUAUUGUGAUUUAGAGGUGGCUUCGUAUCCUCUAUGGGACUUGUACAUCUAUACUAGAUUUGCUUAUAAAUAAAGACUUUUACCCACAA